CUUAUUUUCUGAUGUUUUAGAACAAUUUUGCAGGAAAUAUUCCUCAUUUAUAUGUUCUUUUGAUUGCCCAAUUCUAGUUUUCCAUGAUUAUAAAUGCUAAUUGUGCUAGGUUGAGUUCUUCUACAAUCUCUAGUUUGUCUUCCUAUUCAAUUUGCAAAACUGUGUUCCUAAUCAAAAUUUAGAAUCUCGGAGCUCAAUUGACCUCACAAAGAUGUACUCAUGUUAUCAUUUUAGAUCAAUUUUCACUUACGAACCACAAUUAGGUUCUUAAGCAUACACAUGCGACUAUUGCGCAGAGCAACAGUCAUUGCAUCAAAGAUUCAUUAAUGAACAAGUAGUCUUGCUUUGGACUAUCUUCGUACUUAAUGAAGAAUAUCUUCUGUAUUGCUUCCAUUUCAUAUCCUGUUAUAUGUUCACAAGAAUUCUUGUGCUCCUCGAGACGAUAUCAUUUGGGUUCAACCAUCAGAAUCUGAGGGUAUAUCUUUGCCCGAGUCUGAUGGUUUGGCAUCGGUUGGUGAUUCAUGUGCUAGUGAUGCUAUGGCAAUUCAGAAGAUACUCAAGUCUCAUGAUAAAAGCUUUGGGUUUUCAUCAGUUCUUGAUGAAUGCAAGAUUCAGUUAACUGAGAACUUAGUUGUGCUUGUUCUUCCGAGGAAUCGCUCGGAUUGGAAGCUUGCACUAUCUUUUUUCAAGUGGGCUGCCACGCAGAAUGACUAUUUGCAUGGACCGAGGGCUUAUAACGAGAUACUUGAUAUUCUUGGUAGGAUGAAACAGGUCAAAUUAAUGCAAGAGAUGUUUGAUGAGAUUCCAAAAGAUAGGCAAGGAUAUGCCAUCAAUGACAAAACCUUUGCGAUCCUUAUGAACAGAUAUGCAGAUAUAAACAUGUCGAGGAGGCAGAAGCUUUAUUUCUUCAGAAACAAGAUCAGUUUCCACCGGUUAUAAAGAGCAGAAAUAUCAUCCUAAAUGGUUGGUGUGUUUUGGGAAGUUGACUUGAUGCAACUGAUUUUGGAACGAUAUAAAAAACCAUAUUUGUACACCUAUAGCAUUUUUAUUAAAUCAUUGACUAACUCUGGAAAACUUGGUUCCGCUGAAUAGUUGUUCACAUCCAUGUAGGAGAAGGGUUGUGAUCCAGAUGUUAUAAUCUGUAAUUGCAUCAUCGAUACAUUGUGCUUUAAGAAAGUUCCUCAAGCACUUGAGAUUUUCUCUGAAAUGAACGACCGAGGUUGCCUUCCUGAUCUAUGGACCUACAAUCCCCUCAUCAAACAUCUUUGUAAGAUCAAUAGGAUGCAGAAAAAUACAGGAGCUUCUGAAUGAGAUGGAAGAAAAAGGGUGCAAUCUGAAAGCUAUAACUUAUUCGUACAUCUUGUAAACUGCCGAAAACCCUGAAGAGGUUACCGCCUUGUUGCAGAGAAUGGAUAGGACUGGCUGCAAACUUGACUCGAAUACUUACAAUUUGCUACUGAAUCUGUAUAUGCAGAGGAAGCUCCAAAAAGGCAGCGGAUCUAUAUGGGCCGAUAUGAAGAGAAAUGGUCUGGAUCAUUGACUACACGACCAAGGGAAGCUGGAAGAGGCCUUGCAGUUUAGAUAUGAGAGCAAAAGGAAUGAUCUUAGAGCCUAGAACAAAACUGUUAAUAAACACAAUUUGAUUACAAAGAGAGAAAAGAGAGAAAAAGAGAGAAAAGAGGAUGAUUAUGUAUAAACU